UACUAUUUAACUAUUUCAGCUUUCUUUCAGAACUCAUACAUUAAUAGUUUUCUUGAAGCAACCACAAACCUUUUCGCUUUUGGUGAAGAAGAAACAGAAAACGAAAAACAUUAUCGCAGUAAAUCUUUACGUAAUAAAGUUGGUUCAGGUGGAUCAAAGUUGGACGUUCUUAAAGAAGAUCUUCACUCGCUUCCGGUUUUUACUAGUGAACAGCUUGCUCUUUUCGAUGGCUCAAGACCGUCGAAGGGCGUUUAUCUAGCCUUACUGGGUAGAGUAUAUAAUGUCGAGAAAGGUCGGAAGCAUUACGCCCCAGGUGGCGGAUACCACUUCUUUGCAGGGAGGGAUGCGACUCGAGCUUUUGUAACUGGAGAUUUUUCUGAAAGUGGUUUGGUAGACGACGUUAGCGAACUUGGUCCUCGAGACUUGAUUGGGAUACUUGACUGGGUUAAUUUUUAUGAGAAAGGUUACGAGUUAAUAGGGGUAGUGCGAGGGAAAUAUUACGAUCAAAGUGGUCGGCCUACUCACCAACUUCAGAAAGUUAUUGGUCUAAUGGAGGAUGCGAUGCAUUGGCAACAGUUGCAAACGAAAGAGGCUGAAAUUUUUCCUCCAUGCAAUUCUGAAUAUCACAGCAGUGUUGGAGGACGAGUUUGGUGCUCUUCGAAAAGUGGAGGAGUAAACAGGGAUUGGAUUGGAGUUCCCAGAAAACUAUUCAGCGCAGCAUCAAAAACUUUCAGGUGUGUUUGCGUAAAAGAUUUUGGUCCUCCUCUUUCUUCUUAUCCAAAUGCUGAUGAAAAGGGAGGUCGUGGUGAUCUGGACAAUCCGAAUCUGAGUGAAUACCCGGGUUGCAAACCAACAUCUAAUUCAUGCAAGCUUGAUAAAACAUAA